UGCAACUACUGCUUCAAGCGCUGCGAGUCUAAGCGUGUGCUCUCAAACCAUGAGCGCUACUGCGACAGCAACCCGAACAAGGAGGAGAUCGCUCGGAAGCGCAAGGCCAAUAACGACAAGGGGGCCUACUGCGCCAAGUGUAAACACCACUUCGGCAAGAAGAACGCC